GAACGGAAUCGGAACCGGGAUCGGAACCGGAAUCGGAACCGGGGAAGGCCUCGGGCCGGUACCGCCAUGAUUCGCUUCAUCCUGAUCCAGAACAGGGCUGGCAAGACCCGCCUGGCCAAGUGGUACAUGCAGUUUGAUGAUGACGAGAAGCAGAAGCUGAUCGAGGAGGUUCACGCCGUGGUCACCGUCAGGGACGCCAAACACACCAAUUUUGUCGAGUUCCGCAAUUUCAAGAUCAUUUACCGCCGCUAUGCCGGGCUCUAUUUCUGCAUCUGCGUCGACGUCACCGACAACAACCUGGCCUACCUGGAGGCCAUCCACAACUUCGUGGAGGUGCUCAAUGAGUAUUUCCACAACGUCUGCGAGCUCGACCUCGUCUUCAACUUCUACAAGGUGUACACGGUGGUGGAUGAGAUGUUCCUGGCAGGGGAAAUUCGGGAGACGAGCCAGACCAAGGUGCUGAAGCAGCUCCUGAUGCUGCAAUCCCUGGAAUGACCCAAAAUCCCCCAAAUUCGCCCCAAAUUUGCCCCAAAAUUCCUCCCCCCAGUGUCAGUGUUCUCGUGCUGUGUAAAAAAUGUGAAUUCCUGUGCAUGAAAGGGACCAAAAAUGGGAAUAAAAUGGGCUAAAAAGGAGGAAAAA